AUGGAAUAUAUGGCUCUUAGACAAAACCGCUUAAUUGUUAAUCGUCCCUAUAAAGAUAUACGAAAUUCCGAGGCGGAUAAAAAGUUCACACAGAGACGUCGGAGAUUAGGGUCUAGCGGCGGGAAGCCUCACGCGGAGUGGACCGAGUUAUUAAAGAUGGGUUGCAAAUUGACAUUCGUCGACGACGUUCUGAAUCGAUCGUUCUACAAACUCGGGUUAGUGGUCGGGAGGCAACCCGGGUACUUCGUAAUCAUCCCUGUCCUCCUCACCCUGUUGAUGAUCACUGGCUACCAGCGAGUCUACUACGAGAUGGAUCCCGAGUACCUCUUCUCGCCGGUCAGCGGUCAGGGCAAGCUGGAAAGACGAAUAGUCGAGGAACACUUCAAAGUUAACUAUUCGCAUCGUUUCAAUGUUGGGAGGAUCACACGAGCGGGUAGAUUCGGUCGCGUGAUAGUCGUAGCCAAGGACGGCGACAGGAAUAUGCUGCGCACUGAAGUAUGGAAGGAGUUAAGGGAGCUCGAUGAGCUAGUCCAAAAUAUAACGGUCAGCACGCCGACCGGAGUAUCGUUCACGUACAGGGAGGAGUGCGCACGGUGGGAGGGACAAUGCUUCGUCAACGAUAUACUCAACUUGGACAAAAUUAUAGGCGAGGUGGAACGUGGCGAAUUGAAUCUUACGUUUCCGAUAAUGUUCAACCCCGUGACUUGGGAGGCUCACGCUUUUCCCGUUUACUUCGGCGGGGCUAAAGUUGUGGACGACACGAUCGUGUCUGUGCCCGCCGUGCAGCUCGUCUGGUUCGUGAGAACGGACACUAAACUGCAAGAACAACGAGGUGCAGAUUGGGAAGACGCGUUCUUGGACGCCGUCGGCGUAGCAGAGGACACGGGAAGAUUCAAACACAUCUCCGUCGCGAGAUUCGCGUCGCGAACGCUAGAUCACGAACUCGAGAAGAAUACGAGAACUGUUAUACCUUACUUUAGUUCGACGUUCAUUUUAAUGGGUAUCUUCUCCAUCGUGACCUGCAUGAUGGGCGACUGGGUGCGGUCCAAACCCUGGCUGGGCUUGCUCGGAAAUAUUUCGGCCGUAAUGGCGACGGCUGCGGCUUUCGGCUGCGCUAUUUACCUGGGGAUAUCUUUUAUCGGUAUAAACUUAGCAGCGCCCUUCUUGAUGAUAGGUAUCGGCAUCGACGACACAUUCGUCAUGCUGGCGGCGUGGCGGCGCACAUCGCCCCAACUGCCCGUGCCCGAGCGCAUGGCGAUCAUGCUCUCGGAAGCCGCCGUGUCUAUAACGAUCACGUCGGUUACGGAUAUGCUGUCGUUCUUCAUCGGGAUAUUCUCUCCAUUUCCCUCGGUUCAGAUAUUCUGCAUGUAUUCAGGUCUAGCAGUAUGCUUCACUUUUGUGUGGCACUUGACCUUCUUUGCUGGAUGCGUCGCUGUAUCUGGAUACAGGGAGAAGCAGAAUCGACACACGUUCACGUGGCUCAAAGUUUUACCUGAGUCGAGAGCGCGCAAAGAAAAACGUUCGUGGUUAUAUCGCAUUUUCUGCAGCGGUGGUGUCGACCCGGCCGACCCCACGAAUCCCGUGGACAACAAAGAACACUGCAUUAUGUCAUUCUUCAAAAUGACCAUGGCGGACAUCCUCAACAAUAACUUCAUGAAGGCCUUCGUGAUCGUUGUAUUUUUGGCUUACUUAGCCGGAGCCGGCUACGGCGUUACUAAUCUUAAAGAAGGCUUGGAGCGGCGAAAAUUGUCCAAAAACGAUUCGUACUCGGUUGAAUUCUUCGACCGCGAGGACCUUUACUACAGAGAAUUUCCGUACAGGAUACAAGUCAUCAUAAGUGGUGAGUACAAUUACUCCGAUCCAAAAAUCCAAGAUGAGGUGGAAACACUAACGAAGAGCCUAGAAAAUACUUCGUACAUUUCCAACUCUCUGUACACCGAGUCGUGGUUGAGAACAUUUGUGGAGUACGUCGAAAGGAAUAAUGACUACUUGAACAUUUCUAUCGACACAGAGGAAGAUUUCAUAAAAAAUCUAAAAGAGCUUUGGUUGUUCCCGGCGAACCCGUUCUCUUUGGAUGUCAAGUUCGACGAAACCGGUGAAACAAUAAUUGCGUCCCGAUUCUUGGUCCAGGCGAUAAACAUAAGUGGAACGAACCAUGAAAAGGAAAUGGUCAAAGCGCUCAGAGAGGUCGUGGCGCAAUCUCCUCUUAACGUUUCCGUUUUCCAUCCGUACUUCGUAUUCUUCGAUCAGUUCGAGCUCGUUCGACCGACGUCCAUACAGAACCUCUGCUACGGUGCACUCAUGAUGAUGAUAACGUCCUUCAUAUUCAUUCCUAACAUUUUGUGCUCCCUGUGGGUAGCUUUCAGCAUAAUAUCGAUAGAAGUGGGCGUAGUUGGCUAUAUGGCUUUGUGGGACAUUAACCUGGAUUCGGUUUCCAUGAUAAACCUCAUAAUGUGCAUCGGAUUCUCCGUAGAUUUUACGGCCCAUAUCUGUUACGCGUACAUGUCAUCGAAAGCUAGAUCCCCUAAAGAGAGGGUGAGCGAAUGUUUAUACUCUUUGGGACUGCCUAUAGUGCAAGGAUCCUUCAGUACCAUUCUUGGAGUCGUCGCACUGCUACUAGCGGAUAGCUAUAUAUUCUCGGUCUUCUUCAAAAUGGUCUUCAUGGUAAUAUUCUUUGGGGCGAUGCACGGCCUGUUCCUCUUGCCCGUGCUGUUGUCUCUAUUCGGGCCCGGCUCGUGUACGAAACAUGACGACGAUAUAAAGUUAACAAAAAUUGAAAAAUGUUACCCCAACCCGUAUUGCCUACCGCACCCUCGAUUGAUGCUCAACGACCAGAUCUACAACGGCAAGAGCGGAAGCCCCAACGGUAUCUACAAAAUUUACAGCGAAGACAAAGACCUGGGCAUAGGCACGUCCGGAGAAGACACGAGUGAGAGCAGUUCGAAUCAAUCGCAGCGACGGCAAAUAGCGAACGAGGGCGGCAAAAGGAGGAAGUACGACGACAGCUGGAAGAGGUUCAACUACGGGCAGAGCACGAGUCAGUUCCAGCCGUCCGGCGAGCUCGACAUCUACGGGAACGACAGCGACAGAGCUUGGCAGCUGCAGAGGUACGAGGCGAAUCGACUAGCCUUCGACAGUUACGGGCGAACGCCAGGACUCGGCGACGAGCUUAAGCCGCGCAAGUCGAGCGACACGAGUCCGAGACGAGAGGAGCCGUACACAGUGACCCGGACUCAUUCCCACCACAACCUGCACAGACCGCGCGCUCCGCGGCGCUCCAAUUCGCAUCAGAAUCUAGAGAAUCAUAAUUACAUAUCAGAGUUGCGAUUCCCCUGA